UCACCUGCCCGUGCCCAUAACCAAGAUGGCGCCGCCCAGCCCUGCGUCACGGCGCGACGUGCGGGGCGUGGCGCGCUGAGGGAGCGCCGGGAGCGCCGGGCCCCGAUCCCGGUGCCGGUGCCGGCUCCCCUCGGCCCAUCCCGGUCCCGGUGCCGGCUCCCCUCGGCCCAUCCCGGUUCCCCCGUCCCGGCCGCGCCAUGGAUUGUUACACGGCCAACUGGAACCCGCUGGGCGAGGAGACCUUCUACCGGAAGCUGGAGCUCUACUCCAUGGAGUGGGGGCUGCGGGAGGACCUACGUGACUGUGUGCUGGCAGCUGCCCCCUAUGGGGGUCCCAUAGCUCUGCUGAGGAAUUCCCGGCGGGACAAGACCCCCAGCGCCCGCCCGCUCCUGGAGAUCUACUCGGCCUCGGGGCUGCUCCUGGCCAGUGUCCCGUGGAAGAGCGGCCACCUGGUGCACCUGGGCUGGACAGCGGGGGAGGACCUGCUGUGCAUCCAGGAGGAUGGGACUGUCCUGGUCUACAACCUGUUCUGCGAGUUCAAGAGGCACUUCAGCAUGGGAAACGAGGUGCUGCAGAACCACGUGCUGGAGGCGCAGGUUUUCCACACGGAGUUCGGGACGGGCGUGGCCAUCCUGACGGGAGCGCUGCGCUUCUCCCUGGCCACCAACAUCGACGACCUCAAGCUGCGCCGCCUGCCCGAGGUCCCUGGGCUGCAGAAGCCCCCGCCGUGCUGGACCGUGCUGGCCCAGGACAGGGUGACCAUGGUGCUGCUGGCCAUGGGGCACGAGCUCUUCCUGCUGGACAACACCUCCUGCUCCGUGCUGACGCCGCCCGGGCUGAGCCCCUCGGCGGGGCCGUUCCUGCGCCUGGCCGUGUCCUUCACGCAGCGGCACCUGGCGCUCUUCUGCGACUGCGGCACCGUCUGGAUGGGAGCGGCCUCGCUCAGGGUGAGCCCGAGCCGCCGGCACCGAUCGCCGCCGCCCCUCCCGCCAGCCCGGGGCUGA